AAUUGCAUGCCGGGUAGCCGAUGAUGGCUGCGGUCUGUGCGGAGGAAUGAAGCGGCUGACCGCUGCCUGUUUCCCCGCUGAAACCGCACUCUCUGCGGCCUCAAGUGUUUCAGCAGAGCGGAGCUGCCGGUGUUACUGAGCUAUGAGGAGCGGUGUCCUGUUGCCUCCAGGUGUCCUGGCUGUCAGACUAUGCUGUGUUUGUCCACUGGGUGGCGCCUCCUGAGCCGAGCUCACCGCCUCCCUCCCUGCUGCCCCCACCGCACCGCUCAGUCUGUUGCCAUGUACGCCACCCGCCUCUACAGCACCGCGGGGGGAGGAGGGGGAGGAGGUGGGGUUAAACAGGGGCGAAGGUCGGGGCUGUCCGUGAUUGAGGCCCCCCACCCUCCUCACCCUCACCUCCCCCACCACCCGCACCCGGCUCCGCCUCCCCCCGCCUACCCUCUGUACCAGGGCCGCCCCGACUCCCACCGAGGAGCACACUUCCAUCACCACUACCACCCUCACCCCCAUCCUCACCCCCACCCGCAGCCCGCCCACCUGGCCCCGCCCCCACUGCCCCCCCACUACCAGCACCACACCCACUUUCAUACGUACGGUGGAGGGGCCCCAGGUGGAGGGGCUGCGGCCCCCGGCAGCAAGAAAAAGACGUGGAACUUCAUCCACGAGAAGAUGAGCUAUGACACGUUCUUCACCAUGAAGCGUCUGAUCGAGCGCUCACGGCGGCCUGACGAGGUUCUGCGAUGGGUCACCCAGAACCCCGCCAAGAUCUCCCACAACCACUACCCUGUCGCCCUGCAGAAGAUCGGGCAGCUGCUGCAGGCCACGCAGCCGCCGCGAACCGGAGGGGACGACACCGAGGCCUCAGGAGGAGGAGGGGGAGGAGCUGAGGGCGGUGACGGACGUCAGAUCCUGGACCAUCAGGACUUCCAGACACUCUGUAACGCCAUCGUCAACGACUGCAGCAAGUUUGACAACUUCAGCAUCGUCAAUUGUUUGUACGCCGUGGCGGCGCUCGGUCUUCCCAGCGACUCUCAGGUGGUCCAGGUGUUGGAGGCGGAGUCUCAGUCCAGACUGAACCAGUUUAACCAGAAGGACGUGUCCAUGGUGUUCAGCUCCAGCAUGAAGCUCCACCCGGGCAGCCAGCACCCGCUGACGGAGGCCUGCCUCGCCGGCCUGGAGAAGAACCUGGAGCGAGAGCGCCACCCGCAGACGCUCUUCCUGCUGCUCUCCUACUACAGACUCAAGUGGCGCUCGCUGCAGGAACCUGCUGCUGCUGCAGGGGGCGCCACCACCGCCAGCAACAACACCACGCCUCCAAACCCAGAACAGCUGCUUGCCAACAGGAAGAUCCUGCGCCUGGUCAAACACACUCUGGCGAGCGUCAGUGGCGUCCGUGACCAGGAGAUGGCGCUGUUGGAUGAGAUGCUGGCGGCAUGCGCUCGAGAGGCAAGCAACAAGAGUCUGGAGCUGAUCUUCAGCUCUCACCUGUUCUACCAGAACAGACAGGAGAGGUUCAUCAGUAGCCUCGCAGAGGAGCUGCCGAAGAAGGUGGACAGUAUCACACCGUACACGAUGGCUCUGAUCGCCAAAUACGUCGCUCGCCAUCGACUAAGAGAGACCCGCCUGCUCGACACCAUCGCAGACUUCCUGGUGAAGAAGGCAGAGUACCUGGACAGUAAGGUGAUCCAGAAGCUGGUGUUCCCGUUCAGCAGGAUGAGCUACCGUCCGUCCGGCGAGCAGCAGUUCUUCACUCGGCUGGAGGAGGUGGUGGAGUUGAAGGCGCUCAGCUCGCCACUCGCCACCGUCAACAUCCUCAUGUCUCUGUUCCAGCUGGGACACUUCCCCGGCCUGGUGCUGCACCGCGUCUUCUCCUCCGCCUUCAUCAGCAACGUCACCAACAGCCCCUACGCUCUGAUCGUCCGGAGGUAUCUGUCGCUGCUGGACGCCGCCGUGGAGCUGGAGUACCGUGACUACACCGGACCCCGGCUGCAGGACGCCCACAAGGUCCUGAUGUUUGACCACGCUCUGACUGCUGAUGAGGUCAACCGCAAGUACAGUUACAAAGGUCUGGUGGCCGAGGCGUUACGUCAGCUGGUCGGAGAACAGAACUACAAACAGGAUGAAGUACUCGCCCCAGGAUACUACACAGACUUCGUGUUGUGGAUAGACGGUUCUGGUCGGGUUCUACCCAUCAGGACCGCAGCUGGUCUGGCUCUGAGCAUUGUUCCUCCUUCCUGUGUCGGCGUAGCGUCCAAGCCGGGUGACGGUGCGGUUGCCGUGGUGACCUCAGAGUUCCAGAGGUUCUCUCCGUUUGCAGCGCUGGAGGAGGGCGGCGAGCAGCCGUGUCAGGUGAGUGAGGCUCUGAGUGGCGCGAUGGAGCCCAGGUCCUUCAUGCCCCACCAAAUCCGAAGCACAACGGGGGCUGCGGUGUCCUCGGGACCCCCUCGGCCUGGGACUAACGGGGGCCCCUUAGACUACGGCCCCUACUACAUCCCUGCGGCAGAGUACUACUCCAGCCUGCCUAAAGAGCACUCGCUGGAGAGCCAGGACAGCUCCACGCUCAGCAGCCCCCCCUCCGAUGGCCUCGCCCCGCCAGGGGCUCAGGGACCUGCGGGAGCUACGGCCCCGGAUUCACUCUUCCAGUUUUCCAUUGGGAAGAUCCUGGAGGAUGAGGGGGGGACGGGGGCCCCCGGGGGCCAGGGGACAGACUGUGAGCUGCCGGGGUUCUAUGAGGGCGUGACGUAUCCUGAGGGGUCCGGGGCCGACAGAGGGCCCCCAUCACCGCCACAGCUCCACCCCCCUGACAGACCUGACCCCGACAACCCCCCCACAGAGCAGAGACAGAUCCGGAGGGUCAUCAUGUCCGUCAACGACAAGUGGCACUACUGCCACAACUCAGAGGUGCUGGUCGGUUCCCGCGCCAUGAGAGACCGCCACCUGAGGCUGCUGGGAUACAUCAUCCUGCAGCUGCCGUAUCACGAGCUGGAGAAGCUGAACGGCAUCGAGGAGGUGAAGCAGUACCUGCACAAGAAGCUGCUGGACGUGCCACUAUGACGCCCUGUGUGUGUGUGUGUGUGUGUGUGUGUGUGUGUGUGUGUGUGUGUGUGUGUGUGUGUGUGUGUGUGUGUGUGUGUGUGUGUGUGUGUGUGUGUGUGUGUGAGAGACAGGAUGUGCCGUCUGUGAGGAUUCACCUGUUCAUUGACAUCACAGCUCCAACUUAUGAUCAUUUUUAUUAUUGAUUAUCAAUCCGUUUGUCUAUAAAACAUCACGUCACCUCGAGAGAAACUGAUGUUUUAUGAACCAACUGAUCAGUGAUCAGGUGAUCGCAGUGAUCAGUUUCAGGUGGACCUUCAGACCAACAGCUCUCUACAGGACGUCCUGCUGCUGUCAGACCACUUUCCACAUCAGCCCUCAGUCUGGAUCAGAGCAGCCACCAGAGUCUCUAAAACGUUUCAUGUUAUUAUUUGGUUUCUGCUCGAGAAUGCAGCUCAGUUUUUUAAGAAGAAUCAGCUUUAAUGGAACUGUGGAAUGUUAACUCCCCUUUAUGUUUAUCUAUAAACCUGUUGAUAGAAAUAUGACGUGACCUCAGUCAAACUUUUCUUUUGGUUAAAUUAAAUCUCCGUGCUGAGUUCAAGGACCUUGUGAGCUGAUGAGAUUUGGAACGUGGUCGGCAGGUGAACUGGUCUUUGAACGUGUAAUGUUGGCUGAGUUCAGGCUGUGAUCUGAUUGGUCACUGUGUGAAUGAACAAACAUAUCUUGUUUUUUUUCAGGGGGGGAGGGGGGAGUCCCUUUUUAUAAUGUUUGGUAACCGUGGUAACGAUUAUGAUGGUGCAUGUGUGGGACUCUAAAAUCACGAUGGGUACUGUAGUUUUCUCUGAGUGCACAUGACUGGAGGACAGGAGGGGUGAGUGUUACCAUGGUAACAUGGUAUGUGUGCCAAAGGCCUGGAGGAUCAGUUAGGAUAAUGUGUGGGUGAUUGAUGUCGGGGUCAAAGGUCAGAUUAUUUAUUUGUGUAUCAGGUGACUGACGUCUGAGGGAAGAAGCUUGUUUAUAUUCUAUAAAUCUAUUAAUUCAAAUGUCUAUAAAACCUGAAGCCAA